CGCACCGAAACCGAAAGAAGCACGGCAAGCGCACACCGAACGAAUCUUCUCGCGAGGCUUGCGUAGUGCUUCUCCGAGAGCGAAGAGGGAGCGGAAAUGGCGGCGGAGGAGGGACAGGUGAUCGGCUGCCACACCGUCGGGUCUUGGACCGAGCAAAUCCAGAAGGGCAACGAGCCCGACAAGCUGGUGGUUGUGGACUUCACUGCUUCAUGGUGCGGACCGUGUCGCUUUAUUGCACCUUUCCUGGCAGAGCUGGCCAAGAAAUUCCCCAGCAUCCUUUUCCUCAAGGUCGAUGUGGACGAGCUGAAGCAAGUCGCUCAAGAAUGGGCUGUGGAGGCGAUGCCGACCUUCAUGUUCGUGAAAGGGGGGAAGAUCGUGGACAAGGUGGUCGGAGCUAAGAAAGACGAUCUUCAGCAGACCAUCUCCAAGCAUGUGGCUACUGCUUCCGCCUAAUCACGCGGGUUUGCAGGUUGUCUUUCGAAGGAGGCUUUGGAACAAGCUGAAAUCUGCACUAGUAUACUACAAACGCUAGAUGAUAUGUUAGUAACUUUUAUGUCCGCAGUAUUACAGUCAUGAUGAAUAAAUUUCGAGGAAUCGAUGGUAAUUUC